AGAUGCGAGACUUGGGGCUGGUUUAUAAAUACAUCCGUACAUGUGUGUGAGCUAAUAAAACAUUUUGUCUUCUCCUUGAAGAGGGAGCUUUUUAUGACAGCUCCUUGAUGUCAGAGCCACUUGCCGCCUUCUUUGGGUUAUAAACUUUUGAUGCCAGACCUCUGCAGAACGUGCCCAACUGCAUCCUAAAGUAGUCUCGGAGAGAGGCGGAGCGCGCACUGUGACCUUCAUCCCGGCACCUUCUUCCUCCUCUCCCUCCCUCUCCCAGGGGGAGCGUAGAGGAAGCGCCUUCCCGGACGCAGGAGGGGGCAUCUGGUUCUGCCCGGCCGGAACGCUGAGGCAGGACGGGGAAGAACACUGGGCUCCGGAGGGCUGGACCGCGGCUCUCCCGGCUCCCGCCGCGCGCGCUCUUCCCGUCCUCUGCGCGCCACUUCCUGAGCCCGGCGGUGCGCGCGUGGGAGCAGGACCUGCGCGGCGCCGAGUUCUGGGAAGUUGCUGCUGUCGAGGAUGGGGGUCUGUGGGCACCUGUUCCUGCCCUGGAAGUGCCUCGUGGUCGUAUCUCUCAGGCUGCUGUUCCUUGUACCCACAGGAGUGCCCGUGCGAAGCGGAGAUGCCACCUUCCCCAAAGCGAUGGACAACGUGACGGUCCGGCAGGGGGAGAGCGCCACCCUCAGGUGUACCAUAGAUGACCGGGUCACCCGGGUAGCCUGGCUAAACCGCAGCACCAUCCUCUAUGCUGGAAAUGACAAGUGGUCCAUAGACCCUCGUGUGAUCAUCCUGGUCAACACACCAACACAGUACAGCAUCAUGAUCCAAAAUGUGGAUGUGUAUGACGAAGGUCCAUACACCUGCUCCGUGCAGACAGACAAUCACCCCAAAACGUCUCGGGUCCACCUCAUAGUGCAAGUCCCUCCACAAAUCAUGAACAUCUCCUCAGACGUCACUGUGAAUGAGGGGAGUAGCGUGACCCUGCUGUGCCUUGCCAUUGGCAGACCAGAGCCGACUGUGACGUGGAGACACCUGUCGGUCAAGGGCCAGGGCUUUGUGAGUGAGGACGAGUACCUGGAAAUCUCGGACAUCAAGCGCGACCAGUCCGGGGAGUACGAGUGCAGCGCCCUGAACGAUGUCGCAGCGCCAGACGUGCGCAAAGUGAAGAUCACCGUGAACUACCCUCCCUAUAUCUCGAAAGCCAAGAACACUGGUGCUUCGGUGGGUCAGAAGGGGGUCCUGAGCUGUGAGGCCUCUGCAGUGCCCGUGGCCGACUUCCAGUGGUUCAAGGAAGAUGCCAGGUUGGCCACUGGCCUGGAUGGAGUAAGGAUUGAGAACAAAGGCCACAUGUCCACCCUGACUUUCUUCAAUGUCUCAGAGAAGGACUAUGGGAACUACACCUGCGUGGCCACCAACAAGCUUGGGAACACCAAUGCCAGCAUCACACUGUAUGGGCCUGGAGCAGUCAUUGAUGGUGUAAACUCGGCCUCUAGAGCGCUGGCUUGUCUCUGGCUCUCAGGGACCCUCUUUGCUCACUUCUUCAUCAAGUUUUGAUAAGAAACCAUAGGUCCUCUGAGCAACGUCUGCUUCUCCAUAUUACAGACUUUAAUCUACACAGCGGAGGGCAAACCAGUUUGGGCUUCUUUUUGUUUGUUUCUGUUCUCCUUCUCAAUUUUUUUGUGGGAUAUUUUGAUUUGAGA